CAGAAGCACAAACACAGUGAAGGCUUUAAAAGACGGCCACUAUCAUUGGUGUCAGCUUCACUUUUAUCAGCAUUACCAGCCGUGGACACCACAGCACCAUGGAUCUGACGGAUUCACUGGUUAAGGGAGGCGUGCUGAUCGUCCACCAGAUCCAUGAAGGAAAGCACCAGUAUCACGUAGAAAAUGUGGUCAAGUACAAAAAAGGAAGUGGAGAAAAAAUGUUUGUCAGGAGAGGAGACACAUUGACACAGAUAAAUGGCAUGGACCUUCAGAAUGUCACACCUGAGGAGUUGGCACAAAUGUUAGCUGGGAGUAAUCCAUUGCUGACGGUGCACAAGGACAGGAGGAUGAAGGAGCACACUGAGCAGCCCUGCCCGAAUGAGAACACUUUAUAUCCCGUCUCCAAGGAGUCCAGAAUAAUCAGUUUCAGCAUGGAGAUGAGGAGGGAAGAAGACUUAGAGGAGAAUGAAGUGGGGAGGAAGAAGGAGGAUGAUGGAAGGGAGAAUGGGUGUAUAGAGGAGGAGGUUUGCCAAGCUGAAAAUGAUGAGAAUGGGGAGGGAAGGGAUCUGCUCAUUAUUUCCAUGAUGAAGACCAGCAUCUCUGUGGUAAGAGGGAGGGGCUGCGACACCGAGAGCCCCUGUCAGGGAUGUCAUGGGACAGGAUGCACUUUAAAUGACGUUGUCAUGAUGGCAGAAACCAGCACGGUGACGCUUGUUCCAAGAGGAAGCGAAAGUUUCAGACAGGAAAAGCAGAGGAAUGUUUCAAUUAAACAUGUGGCCACUCACCAAUAUCUCAGAGUUCUUUGUUCGCAAAAGAUCAUCUAUGCUUCACCGAAUCCGGAGAAGAUCACCAUCUACUACUACAAGUCAAUCAUUCUGGAGAGGUGUUUCAGAGGAUUGCCAGUGGUCCUAAACUUGACUGAGUCCAACUGCUUCCUCAGGUGUUGCAUGGAAGGGGAGAGGGCACUUCUACAAGUGGAGACAUGCGAAAAGCAGAGGCUAAAGCAGAUCUCCAAGAGCGAUGAGAGUACCCUGUCUUUCCUCUUCUACAUGACGGGUGAUCGCACCAAACAGCUGAAGUUUGAGUCAGCGCUGUACAGCGGCUGGUUCAUCCAUAUCGUCAACACAGACUCAGUAGAAAUGGGAUGCCUGGAUGGAGGGAAGGAAGACGAUUCAUUCCUCUUCAUCAUUCAGAAGUGAUGGAGAGUCACUUCUUUCAGGCGUGUAGUUCUCAGUCAAAUCAGUUUUACAUUUAAAAUUCUCUUGUUAACUUUAUCUGGAUCUUGAAGAUGAUAUUAAACAAAAGAAAACCAUGAAAUUAGCUCUUUUGCUUGAGCAACCUGGUCCAGUGACAGAAACCCAUGUCACUGUUUCAAAUUCUGCUAUUGCAGAAGUACGUAGUUAUGUAUCAUACAACUAUAUUCAAUUCAGAAAAUGUGUAUGUGUGUGUAAAGUCCACUUAUAUAUUUUAAUAUGUGACAUAAUUUUUCAUCAAUCAGUUUUUUUGUUUAAAGUGGACUUUUAAGCUGAUUGUUUUUUGGGUUUUCUAAUGUACAUAAUAUAGUAAAACUAUAAACAUAAACGCAUUGUAUUAACAAAAGCUCAAACAUUAAUUGAUUUCUGAAUGACAGGUUAUAUAAUGUUUUAUGUACUGUAUACAUGUAUAUUUGAGGAUAUUUGGAUGAUCCUUUUAAUAACACAUCCCACUCUUAUAUAAUACUCUUGAAUGUUAUAUUUUUAGCCUUUGCUCACAUAAUGUCAAUGUAUUGCUCUUCUAUUAGCACACUGUGAUCUUUGACCACCCAAAAUGUAUACACAUAUUUUAGGUGAGUAAUAAAAUGUCAUUGGAAAUGUG